AUGAAUAAGAAUGCUAAAUUUAUAUGGUACGUAUAUAAUGGAAAUCAAAGAUCCAAAAACAAGCACUAGGUUUUCUUCAAAGAAUAAUCAAAUUUAAAAUAGGCAGCUGUAGCCAUCAUAUUUUGGACACCAAAUACAAUUAGUUCAAAAUUGCCAACCUUAGGAUAAGCUCACAUGAAGAGCAUUUGCAGUUAAAGUCACUUAUUGGAAUUGUUGAGACAGGAAAGUUUUGAAUGUAAAUUGAUGGUUUGUUAACGCUAAUUCAAUUUACGAGACAUCCAUUCAAAUGAGAUUUGUUUUCCUGGUGGAAAGUUGGACAAUGAGGAGAGUGACUUUGAGGCUGUAAUAAGAGAAGUAAUGGAGGAAGUGGAUGUAGAUUUGAGGAAACACCAAACAUUUUAUUUGGGUCGUCUUCCAAACAAUAUUGAGAUCAAGGAUGCUCCUAAAGGUUUAAAAGUUUGUUGCCAUAUUUUUAUGGUCUCAGGUGAGUAACCCCAAGUUACAUUAAAUUAAUAGGAGUUGCAAGAUUGCAAGUGGAUUCCAAUCUCUUACUUCUACGACUUGAGUGAUAAAAUUAGAUUGGGAAAAUGCACAUAAUCAUUCACAUUUUUUAUGGUCAAAUCGUUUUUUCAAAAAUUCCCAAAAAUGAUUGAUGAAAUAGUGAGAAACUUUGACCAUGGUUUGUUUGGAUAGGUAGAUUUGGGAAUGAAAAAUCACUUAUUUGGAUUUAGUUUAAUGAUAUUUACACAAAUGUGCAAUUUGGUUUUGUCUGAACAAAAGGAAGGCAGAGAGUAUUUUGGAGACAUUAGAUUGAUGAAUUCGAUCGUCCACUUAAUGGAUUUGAACUUUGCAGAAAAUACAUUCAUAGGCAAAUUGUGUGAUUGGUAUUUCUCCAAAAUGUACAAGACCUACAGAAUUGAGAAUAGAGUGGAGGUGAGAAGACAUCUAGGAAAAUUAUGA